AUCCCAGAGCUCCGCACAACCUCGCUCCUUCUCCUUCCGGUGUGGCGCCGUUCGCGUUGGGGCAGGUGAAGUCGGUGCUGGCCGGUCGGGAGAAUCCGCGUCCAUCCGACAUGGCGAUCCGCUACCCCAUGGCCGUCGGUCUCAGUAAGGGCCACAAGGUGACGAAGAACGUGUCGAAGCCCCGGCAGUGCCGCCGCAGAGGGCGCCUGACCAAACACACUAAGUUUGUGCGAGAUAUGAUCAGAGAGGUCUGUGGCUUUGCCCCCUAUGAGAAACGUGCUAUGGAAUUGCUGAAAGUUUCCAAGGACAAACGUGCUCUGAAGUUCAUAAAGAAAAGGGUUGGUACUCACAUUCGGGCCAAGCGAAAACGUGAAGAGCUCAGCAAUGUUCUGGCAGCCAUGAGGAAGGCUGCUGCCAAGAAGGAUUAAGCUGCAAAAACUCCUGUAACUCAUUAAAGUGUGUUCAGAGAAUUGA